AUGUCCACUCUACAGGAAUGUUUCGUGAAUGGACCCCAAUGGACUGAAUGGACCACAGGGAACACCGCCUGCUCGGAUACAUGCGGUUCUUGCGGGACCUUGCUGGCCACACGCACUUGUCUUUCAGGCGCAUCAUGUCCAUGCCCCGGAGAGAACACAACUAUUUUUGCGCUUUGUAACAAUAUGCUUUGUGAAUUUCCCCGUCCAACCUGCUGUCACGGGAAAACCUUGGUCAAUGGAGAGUGGGUGUGCGUGGAAUAUUCCAUCAGAAACAAAAAACGAGAAGCAAUUGAAGUUGAGCCCGUUGUUUCUCGUCGCGUCAAGCGCAUCGCAAAUGGAGAAAAUGCUGAAGAUGAUGUACAUCCGUAUUUUGGGAGAGUCGCCACCGGCCAAAACUAUCAAAUAUCAGCGGGUAUUCACGAAUGGUGGUCCAAUGUUGAGCAAAGUGAACUAGUGACCGAAGUUUUUUUCACCCAUCCAACAAUGGAUGCUGCUCUUGGCAAACUUAAUGCUACUUUUAAUUUCACUGGAAACUUUGUGAAACCGAUAUGCUUGACGAGAAAUACAAGCUUUCUGGCCGAAGGCGCUCCAAUGGUACUUUAUGGAUUGGGAUUGGACGAAAACCAACAAAUCCCGACCAUCGUUCAAAAAGUUUUCGCAACUAACUUGCUAUUGGGCGGAUCACUUUCCACUUUGGUCUUCGCAAACAGUAGCGUUGGAACCGCGAAAGUUGGAGAUUCGGGAAGUCCCUAUCUGACGAAAUUCAACGGUCGCUGGUAUCAAGUUGGCUUUAUCACAAAUGUCUACACACCACCUUCAACUAUUUCCUACGGUCCAAGGAUCGCUCCUUUAUGUGAUUGGAUAGCCGAAACGACGGGAGAGAAUUUGUGUCAAGAU